GCAGUGUAUUGCAAUUUUUAUGUUUCUAAAUCGAGAUGAUGCUGAUGAAGAAGAAGAAUGAGAGAAGAAAAGGCGAGGAGAAGAGGAAAGGAAAGAGGGCGGCCAGCGACCAAUCAGCAAACAGCCCGCACCGCCCGAAAUCCGCCAAAAAAUUGCAGCGGAACAAAGCAGUUUCUCUCUCCAUCUUCACUCCAGAUUGACUUCACAUUGACAUUCAAAUUGACAUUCAAAUUGACAUUCAAAUUGACAUUCAAAUUGACAUUGAGAAUCUAAUUUCCCUAUUUCUUCCAAGAAAAUACAUCCAAUCCAUUACCCCCUACGAAUUCCCUCUUUCAUAUCGCCAACAUGGUCGGUCCGACCUCGUCUCUCACCCCCCUCGCGCGCGCCGACGGCUCGGCUUCCUACAAAUGCCCGUCGACCGGAUCGAAUAUCCUGGGAUCGGUGAAUGCUCCAAUCGAGCUGCCAGGCCGUCGGGAUGCUCUCAAGCCCGAGGAAGCGACCGUGGAGGUCUUCGUCAAGCCCGGUACCGCGCCAGGCAGCGUUGGGGAGCGAUACGCCGAAGGAAUCAUCAAGACCAUGCUGGGACGACUGGUUCUCGGAAGGGAGAAAGGAUAUGCGAGACGAGGAGUGGUGGUUACAUUGGCGAUUGUUGGUGGUGAGAGCGCCGGCAGGGGAGACUCGUAUCUGACCCUUCUGCCUGCCCUCCUUCAAACCGCCCUCCUGGCACUACUAUCGGCAUCCGUCCCCCUGUCCAUGACCUACUCCGCGACCGUGCUGGGAGUUGAUUCGUCGGGGAAGAUCACUCGGGAGCCGUCGCCCGCAGAUGCUCAGUCGGCCACGUCGCUGCACGUGCUCGCCUUUUCCUCCAAGGGACAUCUGCUGCUCAACGAAAGCCAGGGCGCAUUCGACUUCGAGACGUGGGAAAAGGUCCGCGCACGUGCCUUGACCAUCUGUCAGGGGACCUUGACGAGCAGCGCGGACGGUGAUAUCGCCAUGGCGGAAGACGCGGACGGCCAACCGUUGGAAGGGACAGUGCGGGAGGCAGUGGAGGACCAACUGCACCAAGACUAUGCCUGGAAAAUCGACGCGGCGUGAAGGAUUGCGGGGGACGAGACAGCACCACGAACACCGAAGGUCGAAUGAUUGCGACCGGGCCGACCACCGAUGCCAGCCUUGGGUACAUGUGUUUUCUUUUUCUUGCAGCCGGCGAUCCGUCCUAGCUCGAUUUGGACCUGCGCCAGAGCUGAUGCCACUUGGCGUAGGCCUCCCUCAUGGGAGCGUGCACGGGGGUCAUUGGCGCCCGCAGACUCCGCAGAGUACGGAGAACCAACCUUUACGAGCCAACGAGGGAUAUGAUAGGAGGGCGGCCACCAAAGGAAUGGGGAUCCAUGCGAGUCAGCCAGCAUAGAUAGAGCGAUCUGACACGCGAGGACGUGAUGUACGGUAUUAGAGACGCUAGCCAACCAACAGGGCAGCCACAUAUGACUGCUGAGAUAUGCCGAAUGCAGAGGAAGGGGAAAUCCGAGCGUGUG